CUUGUUUGUUUAAGAAAACAAAAACAAAUCUUAUUUGUUCCUUCCUUGAGAAAAAUGGGACCUCUUAUGAUUUAUUCAUGUAACUUUGUUUGGUAUCUUUUAUUGGUUUUAUGUGUAGUACCUAGAAUCCACGUUGUCCAAGCAAACGGUUGGCUUAACGCUCAUGCAACGUUCUAUGGGGCCAAUCAAAGUCCAACCAGUCUUGGAGGAGCUUGUGGUUAUGAUGAUACCUUUCAUGCUGGAUUUGGAGUGAACACUGCAGCAGUAAGCACAAUGCUUUUCAGAGACGGUGAAGUUUGUGGUGCUUGCUACCACGUCAUAUGUGACUACAAAAUAGAUCCAAAAUGGUGUCUUAGAAGUCGAAGUGUCACAAUAACUGUGACUAAUUUUUGUCCUCCAAACAAUCACGGUGGAUGGUGUGAUCCUCCUAACCAUCACUUUGAUAUGUCCAUGCCUUCUUUCUUUGGCAUUGCACGACAAGGUAGUGAAGGCAUCGUUCCUGUUCUUUAUAGAAGGGUGGCAUGCAAAAGAAGAGGUGGAGUUAGGUUUACAUUGAAGGGACAAUCUAACUUCAACAUGGUGAUGAUAACAAACGUGGGUGGGAGUGGUGAUGUGAAGGGAGUGUGGAUGAAAGGAUGGAGAAGUGGAGGUUGGUUGGCAAUGCAUAGAAAUUGGGGUGCAAAUUGGCAGAGCAGCGGAGAUGUAAGGAACCAGAGACUCUCGUUUAAGAUUAGUUUGGUUGAUGGUAAAACAUUGGUGUUUCUCAAUGUGGUUCCUUCUAAUUGGAGAUUUGGACAGACAUUUUCAUCCCACACUCAAUUCUUUUAGUUUCUCUUCAUGAGCUGGAGAGUGAGAGACAUAUAUCAAACAUGUCAACUCCAACACCCUCUGCAAUUUUUAAAAGCCUUCGGUGGGAUAUAUCUAUUUAUUUUAUUUUAUUUUUAUAAUUAAUAUUGUUAUUCAUGUUUUACGUACUAUUAAGAAAAUAUUGAGAUAAACAAAUUGAAUAAGAACAAAUCUUAAAUUAAAU